AUGAAGGCAAUUACUUUCUCUUCCAUACCUUCAGUGUUACUCAUUCUCUCCGGAGUUUCCCAUGUCAAGGCAGCACCAGCACCAGCAACAAAAGAGGGAUAUGCAGCUACCGGCGUCAAUUGGGAUGCUUGCUGCGAUACUUCUUCCGUAUGGACUUCCUUUGUGGAUGCCAAAGAUAAAAGCAUCAAAUGGGGUUUUAUGACCUGUCGUUGGGAGACAUUUGAGUCCUUAUCUUCUUACACGCUCAUCAGGCCAGGCCUCGUGCGCUGGAGGUGA